AUGAGAUCCCCAGAUUUGGUUACGACUAUUGAAGUCACCGAGAAAGAUAAAUGGUUUGGAAAAUGCCGUCAAUAUAAUACGACGUAUUUAAAGUUCGGAUUUAUUCCAUCGUCAUCCAACAUGCAGCUUCCAAUGUGUUUACUUUGUAACAAAGUGUUCUCCAAUGUGGCAAUGAAACCAUCUCGUUUGCAGGAAUAUUUGCAAAAAGUUUAUCCUGACAAACAGAAUAAAGAUUUGUCGUUUUUCACAAAUAUUAGGGACAAGUUUCAGAAGGCGCCAUCAGUCUCAGACUUAUUCGCAGGCUCAUCAAAACAAUGCGAUGAUGGUUUGAUUGCUUCUUACAAUAUAUCAAAAUUGAUUGCAAAAUCUGGAAAAACCCACACCAUAGGUGAAGAGUUAAUACUUCCAGCUGCCAAAGAAAUUUUAAAAACGGUUUUACACCAUUUAGCCACAUACAGUGUAAUCAAAAAUGUCCCAUUAAGCAAAGAUACUGUGUGACGGUGAAUUGAUGAAAUGGCGGAAGAUGUUGAAAUUUCAUUAUGUGAACUUCUAGUAUCUACCCAAUUUUCAUUUCAAAUCGACGAAUUAAUAUAUUGAUCUUUCAACUCUAGCGCGAGAA